AUGAACAGCGUGGGCGAGGCUUGCACCGAGCUGAAGCGUGAGUACGACCAGUGCUUCAACCGCUGGUUCGCCGAGAAAUUCCUCAAAGGCGAGAGCUCCGGGGACCCCUGCGGGCAGCUCUUCAAGCGCUACCAGAUCUGCGUGCAGAAAGCAAUCAAGGAAAAGGACAUACCCAUUGAAGGCCUGGAGUUUAUGGGCCCAAACAAAGGAAAAACUGAAAACUCCUCUUGACCUCACCUGGAUGGAUGGAGUCACUAAUUUGGGCCUUUGGACUAAAUGACAUCAGCAGGCAUGCAGCUGUAUGCAACCCAGAUCAAACCUUUUUUAAGCUGCUUUCUGGGAAGCAAGUAGUCUCUGCUUGUAAAAACAAUUGGCCACCAUAAAACAAAACAAACAAAAAAAAGGUAGGGGGGUGGGGAAAGGACAAAAGGAAAUGUGGAUCAUGUGGUAGUCCUGCCUCAUUUAUGGUGAAUUUUGGUGGUGGUUCAGCAUCUAAUUGUGUGAAAAGCCAUUUGAACUAACUUCCUGUUGAAUGUAUUCUGUAAUGGGAGAAUGCUUACUAGACUGGGCUGACACAGUAGUUGCUUUGUGACUGAUUUUUCUUGCUUAUUUAUAUAGCACUUGAAACUGUUAAAAAGGCUAUGAAGGAGGUUGAUUUACGUUGUCUUUUCUCUAUGCUGCUGAAUUUUGGUGGAAGUUUGCUUUAUAUGAUACUGAAUACUGAGGGGCUAAAACACUUUGUAUUGGAGCAGAAGUGGUGUAAAAGCACUCUAUUGGACCUGCAGUAACUCAGCUGAAAUAAAUAUAACUUCUAUUUUGUUCA